AUGUGGUGUGUGAAAGGGAAGGGAUGCCAGGAGGACGAAGAUGAAUCAGACACCCAUCCUAUUCUUAAGAAGUCAUCCUAAAGAACAGGGUGGAAACUGCUACAUGCCAAGGCAGCCAUGCAGAUAACCCGUAUUUGGGAAUUUCACAAGAUUAUUUCCAUCCAGGGCUGUGUCUCAUGAGUGCUUCCUGGAAGAGGUGGCAUUUGGGCAGAGACUUUAUAGGAAUAAUCAGGCUUUGGACAGACAAGGGGAAAGCUCUGUGGCUGAGAGCUCAUCAGCUCAGAGCAAGCCUGGAAGGAGAAUAAGGUUUCAUGGGAGAAUUAUGGCUGAAGGCCAACGAGGGCGCCGGGGCGCUGGAGGGAGUUUCGCGGACAUGAGCUGGGGCCCCGCAAGCUGUUGGCCUCCUCCUCAAGGGCUGGGAGGGGAAAAAAAGCUCCCAAGGCAUUAUGGUGAAGGACAUCACACCACAGGACAUUAUGGGAAGGAUAGGUCUGUAAAUUUCUCCUUUAGCUCUUUUUUUCCCUUCCUUCAGCUAACUGCCGUCUUUAUUUCUGCAGAUAUUACGUUAAGGAAACCAAGGGCCAUAUACCCUAGUCGCAAAGGUAACACAGCUCAUCAGUAAGUGCCAGCGUCCGUCUAGAGUACAAAUCCACUCAUUCCAUAGUAGUAGCGAGGCAGUCCGCUGCGUGCCCACGCUCCGAGAGCCACCGCUCCGGGACACCCGACGGGGGGCCCCCUCCACGCGCUGGCUCUGCGCGGUGGGGGCGGGCGGCACAGGGAAUAGAAAAAGCCAUCCUGCAAUCCCCAGCCGAAGUCGGGCCGCCUAGCCAAUCGGAGUGCGGGCAGUUCUCUCUAGUUUACAGUUGUAGGUUCUUUCCAGUGCGCUGGGGCCAGGUCUGCAUGCGGCCGGUGAUUGGACAAAAUGAGAACCUCUAAGCCUAUCAAAGAUCACCACGUGGGCGGGACUCCAGAAGCCGGUCUGGCUUGGAGCGGCGGGCUCUGGGUCCCCCAGACCGGCGCGGAUCUGCGGCCGCCUGCUGGGGGCGGGCGGAGGCGGAGCUCGGCGCCGCAGCAUGCAAUCGGGACCGCCUGCGUGCCGGGCCAGGUGGAGGCCGGGCGCCGGGGCCCAGGUCGCCCGGAGCCGGCCGGCUGCCUUCGAGCCGAGUCAGCGUCAUCGCCGAACCUAACCACCUGGCCCUGUCCGUCAUGCUGGAGGUCGCCCUCAACCAGGUGCCGCCGCUGGACGCCCACCGACCACCGCGAUCCCCUAACACCCCUAGCCCAAGCCCAUCCCCGGUCACUUGGCAGCAGUGCGCACCCACAGGGCGGGCGGCACGGUUUCGUUACUGAUGGCCCUUUCCCACGGCAGGUGGAUGUGUGGGGCGAGCAGGCCGGGCUGGUAGUGGCUGGGUACUACCAUGCCAAUGCAGCUCUGGACGACCAGAGCCCUGGGCCCCUGGCCUUGAAAAUCGCUGGGCGGAUUGCAGAAUUCUUCCCUGAUGCUGUACUCAUUAUGUUGGAUAAUCAGAAACUGGUGCCUCAGCCUCAUGUGCCCCCAGUCAUCGUCCUGGAGAACCACGGUCUCCGCUGGGUCCCCAAGGACAAGAACUUAGUGAUGUGGAGGGACUGGGAAGAGUCACGGCAGAUGGUGGGAGCACUCCUGGAUGGCCGGGCCUACCAGCACCUUGUGGACUUUGACUGCCACCUUGACGACAUCCGGCAGGACUGGACCAACCAGCAGCUCAACACCCAAAUCACCCAGUGGGUUGGUCCCACCAAUGGAAAUACCUGAACCAGGGCCGGGGCGUGGGAGGGUCAGGAUCCAAUAAAGAGACUUGGGCUGAUGGGCAACGGUAUGAUGAUAUUUAUUGUGCCUGGGAGGCAAGGUGAGGGAGAAACCUCCACAGGCGGAAGGUGGGGGAAAGUCUGGAGUUCCCUGUAAAAGACAGGAAGGUCGCUGCUGGAGCCAUCACGAAAUGAGAGGAGGCUCUCAAUAGAUCAUUCCCUUUGUUUCUCCCCUGGGCUUCUUGAGCUUCUCGAAGUUCUUCAGGAUGAUGUCAUAUAACACAGC